UUCGACCUCCACAGUUAAACAUAAUUAUUUCCAUUAUAUAAAGGGAUAAGCCCCCUCAACACUACAAAUUAAACACACACGACCACCCUUUUCCCUUAACUUGCUAGUUAGCUAGUUGUUAUUUAUUGCUAAGGUCCACAUAACUGAGAUCUGAGAGAAUGACUGAGGGAAGAGGCAGUGCAUCUUUACCUACGGUGGUUGUUACAGUAGGGAUUUCACUACUAUGCCUGUUGGCUCUGCAGGUGGAACAUGCUAAUGCAGCAACUUACACCGUUGGAGGACCAGCCGGAUGGAGCUUCAACACUGAUACUUGGCCUAAUGGGAAAAAGUUCAGAGCUGGCGAUGUGCUGAUCUUCAACUAUGACUCAACAACACACAACGUGGUUGCGGUGGACCAAAGCGGUUACAAAAGCUGUACAACGCCGGCGGGUGCUAAAGUGCUGAGUUCAGGAAAGGACCAAAUCAGGCUAGGAAGAGGGCAGAACUACUUCAUAUGCAACUGUCCUGGUCACUGCCAAUCUGGGAUGAAGGUUGCCAUCAAUGCACUGUGAUCAUGCAAAAGUACCGUUCAAGUAGUGACAAAAGUUAUAUAUAUUAGUAUAUGCAUACAAGUGUUUGAUUAUGUAUAUGUGCUUAAAUUAUUGUAUGGAUCAGUGAUAUUAAUCAUGUAAUGUUGGUUUUGUAAAGCUAGUGGGAGUGAUUAGUGAGUUGGCUUUCUAGAGAACUUGUGUGUUUGAUAUGUGUGCAUGUGUGGUUGGAUUAUAAUAGAUUUGUUAUUAGGAUGGUCCUUCAGUCACGGACUUGGGAUCUGCAUACUGUGUAAUUACUGAACGUGCCAAUUGUCUCUGUGUGUCGGUGUCAAGGUGAUUGUUGCUAAAGUAUUGUUGGUUGAUCUAAAUAUAUGUAACUUUCUAGAUUGCUCCACUAUAUCUGUAUAAAUAAUAAAAGGUUGUAUUGUAUUUA